AGCUAGCAUAGAAGACAGUUUAACUCGUCGAUGUCACAUCACGAUCAUACUUACUACAAUGAGCGGCAAAGGGAAACCACGAAGCGUGCGCGCAAAGAGUCCGGAACCAGCGCAUGCCAAGAAUCCGGUUCGGGCCAAGAGUGCCCGGCAACCUCCAAAGGAACCAGUGAAAGACACUAAGGAGGAAACGCAACAGAUCACCGAUGAAAACAAACCCAAGAAAACCAAGGAAUAUAAGCAGCCUAAGCGCACCACUGAGGAAAAGGCACCUGUGCCACAGGAGUGCGUAGAAGUUAAAACCGGAUCAAGGAUGGUCAAAAAAGGUGACAGCGUUGACUCAAAUCCGAAUAAGAUCCUGUUUACAACCAUUGAUCAAUUGAAGAUUAAGAAGAAACAGAAAUCGGAAUCAGCAAGUAUUGUCAAUGACACAGUAAAGCGUAUAAUGGACCACAUGAAAAAGUGUACAGAAUGCUUCAAAGAUGUAAAUGAUCUGCGCACUGGAAGUUACUACGAGAAUUUAAAGAUUUCUAAUCCCGACGAAUUUGACGUGAUGUUAACUGUGCCCGUCGAGCGGGUGGACAUUCGGCCGUUUGGGGAUGAUGGGGCAUUUUACAGCGUGGCGUUCAAACGAGGAAAACACAAGUUGGAUCGCUUUCUAGAUGAAGACAACACAAUAUCUGCCAGUGGAAUGCUUACGGAGUUCAGAAACGAGGUUAAAAAGUGUGUGAAGAUACUCAAAGACGUGGGGUUGGAGAAGAAAAAGAAGGGUUGCCCGGCAGUGACCUUACUGAUAAACGGGACGGGAACGGUCCCUAUCUCACUGGACAUUGUUCUGGGGCUUGAGGUCCGCUCGAGCUGGCCCACUUUCACCCAAGGAGGCAUAGACAAAAUAGACAUCUGGCUCGGGACCAAAGUGAAGAAAGAACAAAAGUUUAAGGGGUACUACCUCGUUCCGAAGUACGAGGGAAAGGGCACGGUGGAACGGGAAGGUGUCUGCGCUAGAGACACAUGGCGCAUCUCAUUCUCGCAUGUGGAGAAGAGUAUCCUAACAAAUCAUGGCUCCCAGAAGACCUGCUGCGAGGCCAGUGGGACUCGCUGCUGCAGGAAGUACUGUCUGAAGCUUCUGAAGCACCUGUUGGGCUUGCUGAAGGCAGAGAACCCUAGUCUGUCCAAGUUCUGUUCCUACCACGCCAAGACCACCCUGCUCCAYGCCUGCUGCUCCAGGACCCAGGACAGCGACUGGGAGGAGGCCCAGCUGGGACAGUGCUUCCAGCAGCUGCUGGAGGACUUUGAGGGCCACCUGAAAGAUGGCAUGCUCCCMAACUUCUUUAUCCCCACACACAAUCUACUGGGCUCCGGCCAUGACCGCAAGAGCCGUCAGUUCCUGGCCCGGCGCAUCGAGGAGGAACGCAACACCGGUUUCCCCAUUUUCCGCAAGUGAGUCGGGACUACCUCGAUCACCUCCCCUUAGUGACUCACCCAGAGGCCCAAUAGGCAUAAGUGGAGUACAGUGGUGGUCCCAUACAGUUGUCUUUUCUUAAAGCAAAGGCAUAGGAGGAAUUGAAGAGCAGAGGAGUCAGAAGUUUCAUUUAAUUCAGAUCUUACUUGAAGAGUUUUGAGAGCCAACUGCUCCUCCAACAAAUUAUUAAAGGUAAUGUAGCCCUUUCCUGCAGUCAAUGACCAAAAGCUCGCUCUUAGGCCUCAUGGGUUGAAUGUUAUUCAUAUUUUGUAAAAAUAAUUUAAUAAUUAAUAAAGAUUUUUUUUUUUUAAACCCGACGAAAA